AUGGGUAAGCACCUGCUGCUGCUGUUGCUGGGCCUCUCCAUUCUGUUGGAUUUCCUGCAAGCUCUAGAAUGUCACAAUUGUAGUUAUGUCAAUCCUGAUGGGAGUUGCCAGACUGAGAGAAACACAUGCAAAGCCAGAAAAUAUCAGAAGUGCAUUCUGAGGAAGUACUAUGAAGGUAGGUGGGGACUGAGGAGCCUCUUGUCAUGACCCUAGCCAAAUCUUGAGAGAGGUGGCUCUCUCAGGAGCCUU